AUUUUCCCGCGCCGCUUGUCCUCUUGACUACCUUGCGUGCAAACCGGCGAGAGAGUUAUUGAGAAAUGCAUCGUUCGUAGCUUGGAGGUCAAUUGGCGCAAGCGAUUAUGUCUGAACCAUGGCUUUACCCUACUGUUUUGCUGUGCGUUUAUGGGUUUUUCAGCAGCCACAGACCACUCGAACCUUUUCUAACCUCGUUUUUAAUGGGACCUGACAAGAACCUGACUGAGACUGAGGUUGUGAGCCAGAUCUAUCCAUUUUGGACAUAUUCCUACCUUGUCCUGCUUUUCCCUGUUUUCCUGGCCACAGAUUACCUUCGCUACAAGCCUGUGCUCAUCCUCCAGGCGGCCAGCUUCAUAGUGACAUAUGCUAUGCUCAUGAAGGCCCAGGGCGUGCGGGCCAUGCAGUUACUGGAGUUCUUCUUCGGUGUGGCCACGGCCACUGAAGUUGCGUACUACUCCUACAUCUACAGUGUUGUGGAGCCGUCUCAUUACCAGAAGGUGACUGGUUUUUGUCGUAGCAUCACACUGUUGGGCUCAGCCAUUGGCUCAUUCAUUGGACAGAUUCUGGUGUCUGUAGCCAGUGUACCUCUUUUUUACUUGAGCGUCAUCACACUGGCGUCCUCCUGCAUAGCCUUUGUUGCCCCUUGGUUCCUACCCAUGCCCGAGAAGAGCCUGUUCUUUCACCAGAAAGAGAGCAGCGCUCAGGAUGAAGCCGUACUGGAACCCAUGAACCGCAGUCACAUGAUCGAGAAUCCAGAGGAUCCAGAGUCCAAAGUGCAGCUUAGUGCAGAUGAAAGAACGACUCUCAAGGACAACACUAGCAAUAAUAGAUUACUGGAAGUGUUGUCAGUGCUCUGGGCAGACUUCCUGCAGUGUUACUCAUGCCCUACCCUUCUGGCCUGGUCAGUGUGGUGGGCUUUGUCCACGUGUGGUUACAUCCAGGUGAUUAAUUACACUCAAGCACUUUGGGAGAAAAUCUUGCCUUCCAGUGAUUUUGUGAUCUACAAUGGAUAUGUGGAGACCAUUGCUACUGUGCUUGGUGCUUUUGCAGCAUUUGUUGUAGGCUAUGUGAAAGUGUCCUGGUCGGUGUGGGGAGAACUUGCUCUCUGCAUGUUCUCUGUGAUCAUUGCAGUGUGUGUGUUUCUCACGGACACCAUCAGGAAUAUCUGGGUCUGCUACACUGCCUACAUCAUCUUCAGAGCUACCUACAUGCUGCUUAUCACCAUUGCAACGUAUCAGAUUGCUGCUAACUUAAGCAUGAAACGAUAUGCUUUAGUUUUCGGAGUGAACACUUUCAUCGCACUCGUUCUGCAGACGCUUCUUCCGCUGAUUGUAGUAGAUUCUGCUGGUUUGGGCCUGGACAUUUUUCUACAGUUCCUCAUCUAUGCGAGUUACUUUGCUGCAGUAGCAGUGAUAUUCUUCAUUGCAGGGCUGUAUAAACUGCUCAGAAGGAGAUCUGAAGGACAGAAUGAAUUACCCUCUACAGAGGCCGUUCCAGAGACAUGAAACGCCUCAUAUCAGCUUCUUUUAAGCUCAAGGUGAAGCACAAAAUAAUUCUCUGUUCAACUGAACGUAUAUGUAAAAAAAAGUAUAUAAAGACAAAAGCAGCAUUUCCAGAUCAGUCACACUUGAUUGGUCCAGCUUUAUAGAUUAAUAAGCACUGAUGAUUAUGAUUGUCAUUACUAAGUGGUCAUUGUGGGUCACAGAUUAUGUAGAACAAAAUGCACUAAUGUAAAUAGAUACCAUUAUGAUGCCUUAUUUAUGUCUGUUACUUGGUAGUAAGAAACUGUGUGGUUGGUUCAUAAAAACCAGGACCUUAAUUUAUAAAAAUAUGAAACGCAUUUAUACAUUCAUCCAAGGUAUUUGAAUUUCUAGUGCAGUGUGCGAGGUUGGGCCCUGUAAUUAAUUAUUAUAAUUUUAGUCAAAAGAAUUGAGCCAAUAAUAGUCGAACUGUUAUGCCAGUACAAUCAGUACAUACAGAGCACUACAAAAAAGAUUUGAAUAGAAAUGGUGUACAUUCUUUCCUUGUACACUCUAAAACAUGCUUAAACACAAACCCAAGUUGGGUUGAAAAUGGACAAACUUAAAUGUUUUAACAGGUUUAAAACGGGUUUUAACGGGUUUAAUGGGUUAAACGUCUGACCAACCUGCUGGGCAGUUUCAUUUUGCCCAACUAUUGUUUAAAGGGGUCAUGAACUGAGUUGUUUUAUAAUGUUUCCUGUGGUGCACUUAUAAUAUUAGUAUGCUUUUUAGAUCAAAAAUUGUCAUAAUUUAGAAAUAAAAGGCAUUUUUCCUACCCUGAAUUUAGCCCUCUGAUUUGAAUGCUCUAUUUUAAGGGGCGUGUCUGCGGUGAGACUUCAGUGGAAACGCCCACCGCUGUGAUUGGCUGAUAUCUUUCCAUUUGAAAUAGCCAAGUAUUAGCACAUUUUUACUUUUACAGCUCUCAAGGUUAAAGGGUUAGUUCACCCAAAA